CCCAGUGUCGCGAGUUGGCGCCGCUGCCACCCCCCGGUCCGCGCUCUCGGCCACUCGGCCGGGCGGUACCGAGCCCUCCCGGCACUCCCCUCCUCUCUUCCCUCCGGCCCUCCGGCCUGCCUUUCCCCGCGGCACUGCCACCCCCCCACCUUCGCCCCAGCCCUCUUCUCUCCCCGCCGAGCCGCGGCGGCAGCAGCAACAGCAGGAGCCAGAGGAGGAGCCGGAGGCGGCGGUGGCCGGGGAGCCCAUGGCGUACAGUCAGGGAGGCGGCAAGAAGAAAGUCUGCUACUACUACGAUGGUGAUAUUGGAAAUUAUUAUUAUGGACAGGGUCAUCCCAUGAAACCUCAUAGGAUCCGCAUGACCCAUAACUUGCUGCUAAAUUAUGGCUUGUAUAGAAAAAUGGAAAUAUAUAGGCCCCAUAAAGCCACUGCUGAAGAAAUGACAAAAUACCACAGCGAUGAGUACAUCAAAUUUCUACGUUCAAUAAGACCAGAUAACAUGUCCGAGUAUAGUAAGCAGAUGCAGAGAUUUAAUGUUGGAGAGGAUUGUCCAGUGUUUGAUGGACUCUUUGAGUUUUGUCAGCUUUCAACUGGUGGUUCGGUUGCUGGGGCUGUGAAGUUAAACCGACAACAAACUGAUAUGGCUGUUAACUGGGCUGGAGGAUUACAUCAUGCUAAGAAAUCAGAAGCAUCAGGAUUCUGUUAUGUUAAUGAUAUUGUGCUUGCCAUCCUUGAAUUACUAAAGUAUCAUCAGAGAGUCUUAUAUAUUGAUAUUGAUAUCCAUCAUGGUGAUGGUGUUGAAGAAGCUUUUUAUACAACAGAUCGUGUAAUGACUGUAUCAUUCCAUAAAUAUGGGGAAUACUUUCCUGGAACGGGAGACUUGAGGGAUAUUGGUGCAGGAAAAGGCAAAUACUAUGCUGUCAAUUUUCCAAUGAGAGAUGGUAUAGAUGAUGAAUCAUAUGGGCAGAUAUUUAAGCCUAUUAUCUCAAAAGUGAUGGAGAUGUAUCAACCUAGUGCUGUGGUGCUACAGUGUGGUGCAGACUCACUAUCCGGUGAUAGACUUGGUUGCUUCAAUUUGACAGUCAAAGGUCAUGCUAAAUGUGUAGAAGUUGUAAAAACUUUCAAUUUACCAUUACUGAUGCUUGGGGGAGGUGGAUACACAAUCCGCAAUGUUGCUCGAUGUUGGACAUACGAGACUGCUGUUGCCCUUGAUUGUGAGAUUCCCAAUGAAUUGCCAUAUAAUGAUUACUUUGAGUAUUUUGGACCAGACUUCAAACUGCAUAUUAGUCCUUCAAACAUGACAAACCAGAACACUCCAGAAUAUAUGGAAAAGAUAAAACAGCGUUUAUUUGAAAAUUUACGCAUGUUGCCACAUGCACCUGGCGUCCAAAUGCAAGCUAUUCCGGAAGAUGCAGUUCAUGAAGACAGUGGAGAUGAAGAUGGAGAAGAUCCAGACAAGAGAAUUUCUAUUCGAGCAUCAGACAAACGGAUAGCUUGUGAUGAAGAAUUCUCAGAUUCUGAGGAUGAAGGAGAGGGAGGUCGUAGAAAUGUGGCUGAUCAUAAGAAAGGAGCAAAGAAAGCUAGAAUUGAAGAAGACAAGAAGGAAACGGAGGACAAAAAAACAGAUGUUAAAGAAGAAGAUAAAUCCAAGGACAAUAGUGGUGAAAAAACAGAUACCAAAGGAGCCAAAUCAGAGCAGCUCAGCAACCCUUGAAUUUGAGAGUCUCAUCACUUUCAGUGAGAAAAUAUUGGGAAGAAAAAUGUUUUCUUUUUGAAGACUUCUGGCUUCAUUUUAUACUACUUUGGCAUGGACUGUAUUUAUUUUCAAAAUGGCUUUUUUGGUUUUGUUUUUCUUGGCAAGUUUUAUUGUGAGUUUUCUAAUUAUGAAGCAAAAUUUCUUUUCUCCACCAUGCUUUAUGUGAUAGUAUUUAAAACUGAUGUGUUAUUAUGUCAAAAAACUGCUCUAUUAAAGAAGUAAUUGGCCUUUCUGAGCUGAUUUUUCCAUCUUUUGUAAUUAUCUUUAUUAAAAAAUUGUACUUGGA